UGGAGAUGGACAGUCCUGUCAGGGAAUCCGUGAGACCCACCGUUUCCAUUUUGAUAGAUCAUUUUAAGACAUUUAUCCAAUAACGAGGCACAUCAAGUGUGGGGUGGUACCGGAUCUGCGACCCUUUUGGACAGCGACCUGAUUCAGUAUUAUUACACACGAAAAAAAAAAAAAAGAAAAGAAGGAAAGAAAGAAAGAAAAUAAUAUGGUAAACUGGGACCCACCAAAAUCAUCUGAUCAUUUUAUUAUAAGUAGACUCCUCAACUCAUCAAGGGCUCAGAAUCCACUCCAUAUUUUGUCUCCUCGCUUUGGCUUUCCUUCAUUCACAAACACUGUUAUGGAGCUCCCACCUAUGACCCUAUUGGCAUUUUGGUCAUUUCUCCUUCUCUCUUCCACUCACGUUCCAUGCUUCUUCGGAUCAGCCGCUCACUUCUCCAACGAAACCGAUCACCUUGCUUUGCUCCACUUUAAAGAUCUGAUAACCGACGAUCCUCUCCAUUCCUUGAGCUCAUGGAACCAUACUCUCCACUUCUGUCGCUGGCAAGGAGUCACAUGCGGUGGUCGCCGCCAUCCUCCAAGGGUCACUGCCUUGAAUCUCACAGACAAGAACUUGGUGGGCCCCAUUUCUCCCUUCAUAGGGAACCUCACCUUCCUCAAGAGAAUCGAUCUAGCAAACAACACCUUCAGCGGACCGAUUCCUGAACAGAUGGGCCAGUUGUUCCACUUGCGGUUUCUCCGUCUGCGCAAUAACACACUCACCGGAAAAAUUCCAACAAAUCUGACUCACUGUUCGAAACUCGAAUUUCUUUAUCUUCACUAUAAUCGGUUGGCAGGGAGGAUUCCAACUGAGAUUGGCUCUCUAUCGAAACUCACUGGAUUGGCUCUUGGUGAGAACAAUCUUACAGGAAGCAUCCCACUUUCACUUGGAAACCUAUCGUCUCUCUCUAUCCUUUAUCUCACAGGAAACAGCCUGAAUGGCAGCAUACCAGAUGACCUUGGUCGGUUGGCAAGCUUAGAGAGGUUUCACAUUGCUGAAAAUGAACUGUCAGGUAGGAUUCCACCCCAGCUAUACAAUCUCUCCUCCAUUAAGUUUUUGGACGUGGGAAUUAACAGAUUGCAUGGAAACCUUCCUCCUAACUUAGGCCUCACUCUUCCUAAUCUCCAAUGGCUUUCCACCAGAGCAAACCAAUUCACAGGACCCAUACCAAUUUCAUUAUCCAAUGCUUCAGGACUCGAAACUAUUGACCUUGAUAGCAAUAGCUUUAGCGGAUCUGUACCUACGAAUUUUGGAAGCCUCAAGGGUCUGUCCAAUUUACUUUUGUGGGGUAAUAAACUUGGAAUUGGAAAAUCUCACGACUUGAUUUUUCUCGAUUCUUUGACCAAUUGCAGUAGCUUACGAGUGCUGCAGGUAGCCAGUAAUCAUCUCAGCGGGGUGUUGCCUGAUUCCAUGUCUAAUAUUUCGACCCAACUGACUUGGUUAACUUUGCAAGAAAACAUGAUAUUCGGAAGCAUCCCAUCUGGGAUUCAGAAUCUUGUCGACUUAACAUUACUGGAUAUGGGGAAUAACUUUUUAACAGGUACUAUUCCCAUUGGUAUUGGGAAGCUUAACAAGGUACGAAAGCUUUUAUUUCAAGCAAAUGGAUUAUCAGGGCAAAUUCCGUCUUCCUUGGGCAACAUCUCCCAAUUGUUGGUACUCAGUUUAUCUGAAAACAAUCUAUCGGGGAGCAUACCUUCAACACUUGGUAAUUGCAAAAACCUGCAAUUCAUAUUCCUCGACAGUAACAAGUUCAGCAGUAGCUUACCCAAACAACUUUUCAUCUUUCCAUCUUUGAUUCGACUUGACAUUGGAAAUAACUCUUUUUCUGAUAGUUUGCCACUCGAAGUUGGUUACUUGAAAACUCUCUCGCUAUUGAGUGUUUCAAAUAACAAAUUGUCAGGAGAAAUUCCAAGCUCGCUAGGCAAUUGUCUCAGCCUAGAGUAUCUCUCGUUGGAUGGAAACUUCUUUCAAGAAUCAAUUCCUCCAACAUUUAGUACUCUAAGAGGCCUUCGAUACCUGGAUCUUUCACGCAACAACCUAUCUGGAGAGAUUCCAAAAUAUCUGGAGAAGCUUGCUCUAGAGUAUCUAAAUCUAUCCUUCAAUAAUUUUGAGGGUGAAUUACCGAAACAAGGGGUCUUCGAAAAUGCCAGUCAAGUUUCAGUGCUCGGAAAUAAUAAGCUUUGUGGGGGUAUUCCAGAAUUAAAUUUGCCUCAAUGCUCUAGCCAAGCUUCCAAGAAACGGAGAAAGUCUCUUGCAUCAAAAGUAAAAAUCUCAGUUGUUGUUGUUGUCCUGUUCCUUAUGUUAGUAUCAUGCAUCUUUGCCACUCUUUAUUGGCUAAGAAAGUCAAGAAGGAAACCUGUUGAUGUGCCUUCUGCGGAGGAUCCUUUUGUCACCAUGUCUUAUGCAGAACUCUUUAAAGCGACAGAUGGCUUCUCUUCUGCCAAUUUGGUCGGCACCGGAAGUUUUGGCGCUGUAUAUAAAGGGGCUCUAGAUCAUGAUGGAACUAUGGUAGCAGUGAAAGUCUUCAAUCUUCAACAUCAAGGAGCUCUGAGGAGCUUCAUGGCUGAAUGCGAAGCCUUGAAAAACAUUAGGCAUCGGAAUCUUGUUAAGAUCUUAACUUGCUGUGUAAGCAUUGAUUUUAAGGGCAAUGAUUUCAAAGCUCUAGUUUACGAGUACAUGCCCAAUGAAAGUCUAGACAAGUGGUUGCACAGAGAUGACGAUGACCAGCUUGGAAGGAACUUGAAGUUUACUCAAAUGCUAAACAUAGCUAUUGAUGUGGCUUCUGCACUGGAUUAUCUGCAUAAUCAUUGCCAAACGCCAAUCAUUCAUCGAGAUUUAAAGCCAAGCAAUAUUCUUCUUAAUGAUGACAUGAUUGCUCUUGUGGGUGAUUUCGGGCUAGCCAGGUUCUUACCUGAGGUUGCUCAAACUAGCUCGGUUGGAAUCAAGGGAUCUGUUGGAUACAUCCCUCCAGAAUAUGCGAUGGGCAGUAAAGCAUCUACACAAGGAGAUGUUUACAGCUAUGGAAUCCUUCUAUUGGAGAUGAUCACUGGCAAGGGGCCAACUGAUGGGAUGUUUAUGGACAAUCUAAGCCUUCAUCAUUUUGCUAAGUUAGCUUUGCCUGAACGAGUAAUGGAGAUUGUUAAGCCACAACUGCUUAUAGAAGGCACUGAAGUUACUCAGGGCAAUGGAAAUCAUAUCAAUACAAGAAAUAGAAUGCAUGAAUGCUUGAUUUUAAUGGUCAGAAUUGGUGUGUUGUGCUCUUCAGAGUCUCCAAGAGAACGAAUGUGCAUGAAAGAUGUCGCUUCAAAAAUGCAUGCAAUCAAGAACCAGUAUCUCGGGGUCAGGAUUCACGGAGACAUACAAGUUAGAUCACAAAUGUUAGAUGGAGGUUUGUCUUACCUCAGUCAUUACUAAGUUAUUAUCGGUAGUUAUGUUGAGAAGUAUUUUCAAACAAAGUUACUUUGCUGAAUAUGUUUCUAAACAAGCUCUGGAUAUAUUUAGUCUUGGGUUAAGAGUGUAAUUGUAUUCAUAUUGGAUAUAUCAGAAGAUGUGUUUCUUUUUCUUUAUUUUAUAUUAAGCUAGACAAUGAAUUUAAUAUGAAAAAGACAUUAUCAUAUUAUAAUAAGAAGAAUAUUAGGUUACUAAGA